AUGCUUUCUUCCACAAUUGGGGUGUUGCUUCUAGCGGCCGGCAUUGUUUCUGGGAAAACUUGCUACAAUGUUACCGUCCCGGUCUCCAUCUCUGCCCGCAAUGGUGUUUUUGACGGCAUCAAUACACCCACCACCAACACAGAUGCGACAGCGUUUGUGUUGAAUAUUACUCGCCAAGGAAGCAACUUCACUGAUGAUGCUUUGACCGACUAUGAUACUGUAUCUGGACGCUACAAUAUCUCAACUCAGUACUGCGCGCCGAAUGGUACCAUGAGCAACGGCACCACUUUGCAAAUCUUGACUCAUGGCAUCGGACUUGAUAAGAGCUACUGGGAUCUCCCCUACAGCAACUUCAACUACUCCUACGUUGACUAUGCUCUGUCACGAGGCUUUCAAACCCUCUCAUAUGAUCGCCUUGGUCUUGGCAACUCUUCCCACGGCGAUCCAAAGAACGAGAUCCAGACAUUCCUUGAAGUUGAGGCUCUUGCUCAGAUCACCCGCAUGAUCCGCAACGGUUCUGUGCCUGGAAUCCGUCAGAAGCCCUCCAAGAUUGUCCAUGUGGGCCACUCCUACGGAUCUGCUCAGACAUACGCAUUGGUAGCAAAGUACCCCAGCCUCUCUGAUGGAAUUGUCCUUACUGGAUUCUCUCUGAACUCUUCUUUCACACCUCUCUUCCUUGCUGGUGCCAAUUUCCAGCAAGCCAGCCAGAACCGCACUACUUCGACUCAGUCGAGUAACAAAUACAGCCCAGGGUAUCUGAGCAGUGGAAAUGCUGGUAACUGCGAGUUCCUCUUCUUCUACCCAAAUUACUUUGAUUCUAAGAUUCUUGCCUACGCCGAGCAAAACAAGCAGCCUGUUACUGUUGGUGAGCUCUUGACUAUGGGUAGUCUGCCUACCACCAACGACUUCACUGGUCCCGUCUUUGUCAUUGAUGGUUCCAAUGAUGUGCCUUUCUGUGGUGGCAAUUGUACUGCAACUGGAGGCAAUGGAACUUCCAUUGCGGCUAGUGUUAAGGAUGCUUUCCCAUCGGCCAAGACCUUUUCAUCCUACAUUCAACCCAACACUGGUCAUGGCCUGAAUAUGCACUACAAUGCCACUGGUGGCUACAAGGAGAUUGCUGAUUUCCUCCAGAAACAGGGCUUUGCUGCGAAGAUGAAGAUGAAGAAGAAGACUCGAAACUAG